AUGGACCGCGACGGCCCCGCAGGCAGCCCCCUGAUCGCUAGCAACGAGACCGCGCCCCCGGUUGCCGCCACCCGCGACUCGAGCCCGGGCAGGGCUGGGCCAGGACCGGCGGGCCCCGGUGGCGCGCGCCCGGGGGGCGGCAGGCCGGCUGCAGCGAACGCUGCGCGGGAGCGAAGCCGCGUGCAGACGCUGCGGCACGCCUUCCUGGAGCUGCAGCGCACGCUGCCGUCGGUGCCGCCGGACACCAAGCUGUCCAAGCUGGACGUGCUGCUGCUGGCCACGACCUACAUUGCUCACCUCACCCGCAGCCUGCAGGACGACGCCGAAGCGCCGGCGGACGCCGGGCUGGGCGCCCUGCGCGGCGACGGCUACCUACACCCUGUCAAGAAAUGGCCCAUGCGAUCAAGAUUAUACAUUGGUGCUACUGGUCAGUUUCUGAAGAAUUCUGUGUCUGGAGAAAAAGCAAAUCAUGGCAGUGCUACAACAGACCCACAGCCUUAG